AUGUCUUCCAAGAAACGCGGCCGGAUAACGAACCCUGAGCCGUUCUUGCCCUUGGGCUCCGACGCCUUCUCCGGCAAGAAGCGCGCCAAGCCGCCCAAGCCCCACCAGCCCCACCAGAAGCUCGUCCCCUCCUCCGUCAGCUCCAAGAUACUAAAAGAGGCCUUGCUUCAGCAGAAGGAGAUCCAGCGCGAGGAGGAUGACGAAAAAAACCUCGCCGAGCAGAACCCUGGUGAUAAAUUCGUGCUAACCAACGUGCAGGGCCUUAAGGACAAGGACGAUGAGGAGGAUGUGGAUGAUUUUGAUGGGUUUUCCGAGACCCAAAGUCACUUUGGACAGUGGGAUUUUGAGGAUAACAUUGAUGAGGAAGACGAAAAGUUGCUGGAAGCUUUCCUAUCAAAGGAUGAUCGCCCUCAACGCACGCUGGCUGAUGUUAUAGUUGAGAAAAUUAAAGAAAAAGAUGCUCAAAUUUCAGGUGUGCAGCCAAUGCCAAAAUUGGAUGACUCAAUCAUAGAGCUGUACAAGGGGGUUGGGAAGCUGCUCAGUAAGUACACCUCCGGCAAGAUGCCAAAAGCUUUCAAGCACAUAGCUUCUGUGCAAUUCUGGGAGGAAGUCUUGUAUUUGACUGAACCUGAGAAGUGGUCGCCAAAUGCAAUGUACCAAGCAACGAGAAUAUUUGCUUCAAAUUUGGGCGUCAAGAAGGUCGAGCGUUUCUACAGGCUUGUCUUGCUGCCACGCGUGAGAGAAGAUAUUCGGAAGAAUAGAAGGCUGCAUUUUGCCCUGUAUCAAUCCUUAAAAAAGGCUCUGUACAAACCAGCUGCUUUCAAUAAGGGAAUCUUGUUCCCGUUGUGUGAGUCAAGAACAUGCACUUUGAGGGAGGCUGUUAUUGUCGGGAGCAUCAUCGAGAAGAUCUCCAUUCCUCCUCUUCAUUCGAGUGUUGCACUGCUGAAGCUUGCAGAGAUGGAGUACUAUGGUACAACGAGGUAUUAUUUUGUAUAG